AGCGCGGGGGGGGGGGGGGGGGGGCGGGGUCGGGCAGACACGGGCCUGGCUGUGGCUAGGCGCUCUAGUCACGGGCCCACCUACCAACCAGGAUCCGGGAAGGGCCCCUUAUAUGGUAAGCGACCCAGUUGUACAAGCCCCACAUGUGGCAAGGGCCACCGCCGUCGCUAUCCCAGACCCACUUGCAGACUGGGUGGGGAAGUGAGUUUGGAGACAAGGCCGGAUGUGGUGGUGGAUGUCGGGGAGUUAGAGGGCCUUCCCCCAGGUUUCUUGUCCAUGCCUUCCAGGCAACAUCCCUCCUCAGCCCAGAGGAGGCUUCUCUUACCCAGACCUUAGGAAGCGGGUCCCAGCAGGAUCCGCCCCGUGGUCUGCAUGGGUCCUGGGACUGAGUAGUCCUGGCCUUGAGGUUUCUAGCCUCAAAGGCCUCUCGAUUCCCAGAUGAGCAAGGACAAGGGAGCCUCUGAGCCCAUAUACUCUGCCCUUGCUGAACCAACCAAGGAACCUUCCUGUCCAGUUUCUGAGCAGGAAGUGAGGGCUAAAUACCGAUCCUGGAGAAGUGGGGCCACAGUCGCUCCAGGGAGCCCUGUUUUAGAGACUUAGGGUGUGGGGUUCCUAGGCUCAUGCUGAGAAGUCUGGGGGAGAUUCCCACUAAGCAGGCCUCUGGUCUGGCUCUGGCUGAGGUGGGGAUGGGAGUUGCUCGUCCUCCAGUACCAUCCCUGGACUCAGACCAGGGGGGUUGCUAAGGUCUUUGAGAUAGGGAAGUUUCCAGCCUGCUCUCCUCCAUCCUGAGCUGCCGGCUCCUCUAGCUUUGGCCAGUGGGGGCUUAGCUCUGUCAACCCCACCCCCAUCUGACACCGGCGGAAACUGGUCCAGGUUGGUGAGUGGGGAAGUGGAGGGGGCGGUGGUAACCAGCCCUGGGGUGAAUCAGGAUGCAGUGAGCCAAGAGAGGGGGACAGAGUCUACCAGGGGACUCCUGACAUCAGGCCUGAGGAAUUUCUCCCGUCUCGCUACACAUAGCCCCUUUUGGACUCCGAGAAGUGUCCCAGCUCCUUUGCCUGAGUGUUGGAAUGACACUCCAACAUCUUCUCCAAGAGAUGCAGUCCAUGGGAGCACUGCUAGCCAGCAGAGCCAUGCUUCACAACUCCAGCCACAGGGAAGAUAAGACCUGGAGGGUACAGGGCAGGGACAGGGAAGAGGUAUGGGGAGGGGGAGCCCUGGCCCCCAAUGCCUCCUCCCCAUUCCCUCCUGAGCCUCCAGGGGCCUCAGGCAGCAUUAUCCCUGUCUACUGUGCCCUCCUGGCCACUGUGGUCCUCGGUCUGCUCGCCUACGUGGCCUUCAAGUGCUGGCGCUCCCAUAAACAAAGACAGCAGUUGGCCAAAGCUCGGACUGCGGAGCUGGGGACCUUCGACAGGGACCAGAGGCACGGAGACAGCAUUGUUUUCCUGGACAAUCCUAGCGGUCAGGAGCCCUGCGCCCCCAGUCGGGGGCCACAUCCUGAGCUUGGCUGCCGCCUCUACCUUCACCUCCCUCAGCAGCAGCAGGAGGAAGUGGAGCGGCUCCUGGAAGUCUCAGACGAACCUGACAAGGGCUGGCAGGGUCUGGCGGGGCGCCUGGGCUACCAGACUGAUGCUGUGGAGGUCAUGGCCCAGGACCAGGUGCCAGCCUACACCCUGCUGAGGGACUGGGCUGUCAAAGAAGGCAGCGGUGCCACUCUCGGGGUGCUAGAGGACGCCCUGGCUGCCAUGGGCCGCGAAGACGUGGUCCGGGUUCUGCGCCCCCCAGCUGAGGGCUGCUCUGUGGUGUGAGCGGUGCCGGCACAGCCCGGCCGCUCAGGGAAUCUGCUUUGGUGCUUUUCCUUUCUUGGGCUUCCUGGCACUGGUGGCCUCAACCUGCCUUGCUCUGGGGGAACAGAGAAGAUCCGGCCACCACUCAGCUCCCCUUGUCUGGCCUUCCUCCAGGACGGGGACCAGGAUGUGGGGGGGUCAGCAGUGAGGGGUGGUCCUGCCCUCCUCCCUGCCCCACCUCCCCUCACUUAGCCUCAACUGGUUUUUCUAUUUUUGUAUCUCGUAUUAAAGGCAACUUUGGACUACU